AUUACUAGCAUUGUGCUGUUUCUAACCUCAUGACAACAUUUAAAAAAAAAGGUGACAGCAGCCCUGCAGCUAACCGUGUGAAAUCAACAGUAAAUAGUGCCUUUUACCUUCUAACUCUGCAGCUUUUACGCAAUACACGUGUCCGAUUAAAUCUGCUCCUGCACGGUUAAAGUCCAGUUGAGUCAGUUCCAAAGUUGCUCAGAAUCCCAAAUUCUGGUCAAUAUUUACAGAGGCAGGUUAGAGAUUAGCUCUCUUCAGCAGCUGCUCACCGUCCCAGCUGCUCUCAGGUCAGUGUCUGCCUCAACAUGCAGUGUGUCCGGGUGCUGAGAGGGCUGAGGCCGCUGUGCAGAGCUCAGCUGUCCGCGUGGACCGGGACCAGAACCGGAACCAGAACCCAGAGCCAGGCAGCGGGGACCAGGCUGGACCUGAGCGGGAUCUAUCCGCCCAUUGCGACCCCUUUCACCGCAGAGGAGGAGGUGGACUACCCGAGGCUGGAGGGGAACCUGCAGAAGUAUGCACAGAUCCCGUUCAGAGGUCUGGUGGUCCAGGGCUCUAACGGAGAGUAUCCCUACCUGACGGAGCAGGAGAGGGUGGAGGUGGUGAGGACCGUCCGGCGAUCUCUGCCCGACGACAAGCUGCUGAUGGCCGGGUCAGGCUGCGAGUCCACCAGAGCCACGGUGCAGCUCACAGAGAAGAUGGCGGCUGCCGGAGCUGACGUGGUGCUGGUUGUAACGCCGUGUUUCUACAAGGGGAAGAUGGACAGCCGCGCUCUGAUCCAACACUUCACUAAGGUGGCGGACCGCAGCCCGGUGCCGGUGGUUCUGUACAGCGUUCCUGCAAACACCGGGCUGGACCUGCCGCUGGACGCCGUGGUGACGCUGUCUCAACACCCCAACAUCCACGGGCUCAAAGACAGCGGAGGAGACAUCUCACGGAUCGGCCUGAUUGUUCACAAAACCAGAUCGCAGGAUUUCCAGGUGUUGGCGGGCUCAGCAGGGUUCCUCAUGGCCGCCUAUUGUGUCGGUGCGGUUGGCGGAGUGUGUGCGCUGGCCAACGUUCUGGGCCGCGAGGUGUGUGAGUUGGAGCGUCUGUGUGUGUCGGGGCGCUGGCAGGAAGCCAGAGUCCUGCAGCAGCGCCUCAUCGAGCCCAACGCUGCCGUGACCAGGAAGUUGGGAGUCCCCGCCCUCAAGCAGGCGAUGGACUGGUUCGGUUUCCACGGCGGCGCCUGUCGGUCUCCUCUUCAGCCGCUGAGCCAGGAAGAGACUCUGACGCUGAGGAAAGACUUCUCUAACAACGGCUGGCUGUGAGGUGUGUGUGAGGUGUGUGUGAGGUGUGUGUGAGGUGUGUGUGUGUGUGUGGAGUCCAAAAUAAUCUCACAGGUUACAUUAAACCCCAGGGAGCGAAGACGAACCGCAGUUUUGUCCUGCAGGAUUCUUUGCAUUCUUAAUAUUUAGGUCUGCAUUUGAUGAUGGUAAACGUUUACAUUUAAGUCCAGACUUGCCAGAAACAAGGACACUUCCCUCUGUUUAAUACACAUCACUGUUGAUAUGCAUAUACAGUGGAGGAAAUAAGUGUUUGAUCCCUUGUAGAUUUUGUAAGUUUGCCCACUUACAAAGAAAUGAACAGUCUGUCAUUUUAAUGGUAGGUUUAUUUUAACAGUGAGAAUAUCAAAAAGAAAAUCCAGAAAUUGACAUUAUAUAAAAGAUACAAAUUAAUUUCAUUCAACUAAAGGGACAUAAGUAUUAUUGUGGACAAACUUACAAAAUCUGCAAGGGAUCAAAUACUUAUUUCCUCCACUGUAUGUACAUUCAAUGUUUAUUUAAUUUGUAAUUGUAUUGUUAAUUCAUGUGUGAUGCCUUGAAAACAUGCUGCUGCAAAACAAUCUCCAAAAUGUGUGUGUGUGUGUGUGUGUGUGUGUGUGUGUGUGUGUGUGUGUGUGUGUGUGUGUGUGU